AUGUAAUUUUUGAAGUCCUAUCUCACAGAUUAUAUCAAUACUUAUGUGUAUGAGUAUUUUGAUAACAUUUCCAAGGAGCAGAUUACGACUCAAUUGACUAAGGGAUAAAUUCAAUUAAACAACAUGUAAUUCAAGCCUUCCAUUUUUAAAAAAUUCAAUUUGCCACUUAUAAUUAAAGAGAGCAUGAUCAAUAAUGUGAUUAUUACUUUAGGGAAAUCAUCUUCUAUCAAAAUUGAUUCUCUCAAUAUUGUAAUAGAAAUACUAAAUUUAUAUGGAAAUUUUGUUAUGGAAAGUGCUAUUAAAUUAUAAAUUCUUGAUAAAUUUCGAAAUUCCUUAGUCGAAAAUCUCCUAAAAGGAAUGGCAGCACAAGAUAAAUAACAAUAAGACCCAAAGAAGAAGUUUGUAUUUAAUUUGAUCCAAAACGUCGAAGUUGAAUUAAAUAGUUUAAACAUCACCUUCAUAGAUAAGUAUUGCACUGAGAACUCCUUUGGUGUCAAAUUAUAACAUUUAACCUGUAAAUCCUCUCUGAAUCCCAAUCAAGCCAAAUUAAGGAACAUUGAAAUCAAUAACCUACAACUAUUUUGGCAAGAUACAAUUACUUAAUUAAAUGCAUAUGCUACUCUUGAAGAUGUGGCUGAACAAGACUCAGAAAAUCUAUCCUUCUAAUUAGGCAUAGUAUUCGAUUAGCUAAUUUUUAAUUGCUCUAAAACUCAGUGUAAUUCAAUUUAUCUAUUCUCUGAUUAUGUAUAACAAUUUACAUAGAGAUAAAACAAAUAAGUAGAGAGGAGUUCAAAUAAAGAAGAUGAUCAAAAUGUCAAAGGGGAGAUUAAAAAUAUUUUGAAAACCAUCUCUCUAUUAGAGUAGUCAACUGAAUGUUAAGAAUAUGAGAGAUUGUGUUAACUAGUGUAAACUUAAUCAAUGAAUGAUCUAAAACAAAUACAAUUUGAAAUUUUGAAAUACGAUAAGGGAGACGAGAUAGUUUAAUUGAGAAAAAAGAAAUUGGGAUGGUUUGGAGGGAUGGUCAAAAAUGAUAAAAAAAUGGGAGAAAAGAUUGUUAAUAUACUUGAUGAAAUAGAUUAAGAUCCCGAUUUUGAUCUAAAAAGUCUUUAACUCAAAUUUGAAUUGGUUGUAAACUCAUGCUAAAUAGGGUUAUCAUCUAAUUACAGGAAUUAAUUGAAUAAAUUGAUCUUCGAUAUCAAAAAUGUCAAUUUGCUGAUCAAUAAAACUAAUUAAUUGCAAUUGGAUUUCACAGUCAAGUAAGGAGAUGUUCUCUUGUAAUUCUAAGAUCAAAUCAAUUAUUUAGUAUCCAAAAAUAAAAAUUUUGAAGAAAAAUACAGUCUAGAAUUGCAUCACACAAAUGAUGAAAAGAAAGAAAGCCUCUUUAUAUAGACAUGUCCAUUCCAAAUCAUUUUUAAUCAAUAAGAUUUUGAAAAAUACUAUGAUUUAUUUUAUUUUUUUGUUGUUUCAGAAAGUCAAUUACCGAAAUUAACAAGGAAAGCUAAGCAACAAAUAAAAGAAAUAGUAAGCGAUAAAAAAGAAUAGGAUAUUUAAAUUAAAUUAGAAAAAGUCUAUUUACUCUCAACUAAUGGAAAGGAAACCUUUCUUUUUAGUCCAGGAUCCAUUGAUUUUAAUUAUAAAACUCAAAAUCAAUCAGUUUACGAAGUUAAAAUAUUUGAUACAAUACUUGGCUUUUCUGAAAAGUUCAAUUCAUCUAUUGACUUUAUACAUCAAUAAUACUGUUUCAACAGCAUCAUAAUGUCCAGAGAUUUUGUCAAGAUAACAAAUUGUGAUGUAGGAUUAGUAAUUAAAGUGUAAGAUAACUAGAUCAGUACUGAAAUAGAAUUAGGAGACUUAAAUUUUAAGAUCAAUCCUACUAUUUAUAAAUAUUUUUAUUAAUUUUAUGGAACUCAUUUUCAAUAACCAUUAAAAGAAAUGAAAAAUCAACUUAGAGGAAAUGAAGAGAAUUAACAAAAGUAUUGUAUGUUUAGUAAUGACUAUGUCAAAGAUUAAAUUAAAUGUAGAAUGACUUUUCAGGGCAAAUUCAUUAAUUUGUAUGAAUUUGAGAAAGACGAGAAAAUCAUGAAGAUAGAUUUAUAAAAUAUAUCAUAUAAAUAAACCAAAAUUAAAUAGCAAUUAAGUCUUGAGUUAACUACAAAUAAUUAAGUUAUAACUUUGGCUUUUGCAAAUGAGGAGGACAGACAAAUAGUUGUGAAUAAAUGUCAAGUCUCUCGGAAUGAUGAUUACUAUGUAUAAAAUAUUUUGGAAUAGGAUGGUAAUAAACCUGUAAAUAAUGUGCAGAAUUAAAAAUAAUAGUAAGAAUUCUAAUCAUUUUUUUAAAUAAAAUUAAAUAGUUUACAUGCUGUAGUGUUAGCAAAUGAAUAAAAACCAUUUAUCAAUAUUCAACUAACUUAUUUAAAUUUGACUAGUUUUGGAAAUCAAUUUAAUAAUAAAGUAACACUGUCAUUUUAGAACUUUGCAAUUACUAGAGAUUUUUAUUAAGAAAUGAAUAAUUUUGAAAAUUAGACACUUCUGGAGAUUAAGAGUGACAAAGGUGCAACAAUAAUUGAACAUCAAAUUUUAGAUGGAAAUUCUAUUCUUAAACUUACUCUUUAUUACUGUAUUCUGAACUAUAGGGCUAAAACAAUAGGGUCCAUCCUGGAGUAAUACCCAAUCGAGUUAAAAAAGGAUUGGAAUAUUACUAAAUUCAUUAUUAAUUCCUAUUUGACUUAGUAUCCUGAUCUUUAGAUUAUUUGUAACUAAUUGAAGGUUGAAAUUAAUAAGAAAUAUGUUCUGUAUAAAUAAAGUGAACUAAAAUCUAUUUCAUUUAAAUAGGAAUACAUUACUAUUAUGUUUAUGUAGGAUAGUUUAGAUGAAGAUUGCUUAUAAGUGAAAGGUAUUCCUAAAGGAAUUCUAGUCGUUGAUAAUCAAUCUGAGAUGACCAUAGAUAUCAAACUCUAUGAUGCCUAAGCAAUAUUUGCCUAAUAAUAUACAUUAUAGACAAGCAAAUUGAAGAAAAGGAGCACUAAAAGAGUACUAUUGUCUUCUUGCAAUAUAGAUUUUGGGUGGAGAGUCCUCUUUCAAAAAGAUGUGAUAAAACACUAUAUGAAUUGUAAGACAAAUCAGUUGAAAUUUGCAUUUGGUACCAGAGAUAUAAGCUAUUUGAUUAAAGAGAUUUAAAAAUUAUCAACUCAAAUCACUGAAUUCUAUGCCUCUCAUGACUUAGCAAGUUAUCUCAUUUAAUAUAGAGAUAAGACCUAUUCAUUGACAACUGGAGUUGAAUCCUAAAUUCAAGCUGUAUUCAUAGAUGAUUUAUUCAGUUAAUCAUUGCCAAUAGUUGGAUUCACUUUUACCCAACCACUUUGGAAAUUAGAACUAAAUCUAAAUGAUAUAAAUUUUCAUAUUAGAAAUCAAUUUGAAGCUGUCAAUUAUCAUUCAACUAAACUAGCAUGGGAACCUAUCAUAGAACCUAUUUUAUUAGAUCUCAAUCUAAAUAUUUAAAGCUAAUAGCCAACGAUGCAUUUAGACUUUUAUAUACAAGAUACUUGCCAUAUCAACAUAUCAACUGAAUUCCUUUAGAAUUUAUUUAAAUUCAAGAAGUUAAUAAAAUAACGUAAAGCCAAAGAGCUGAAACAAAUUUAUGAAUCAAUUAAUUAAAGUAAUAACUAAAUACUCACUUACGAAACUUAUGAAAUAUAAAAUUUUAGUGGUUUGUUGAUUAUUGCAAGAGGUCCAGAUAUAGAACCUAUAGAAUUGUCAAAUAAUUAGAAAUAAAUCAUAAGAUGCAAAGGAAUAUUUUAAUUAGAGUUGUUUGGAGUGAAUUCUACUAUAAAGAUAGACAAUUGGUCUUUUUAAGUCCAGAAAAAGAAAAUAAUAAAAGAGCAAGGUUUCUCAUUAAUUAUUGAAACAAUUGUAGAUGAAUUUAUGAAUUCUUCAAAGACAAUUAUUACUAGCUCUAUUUUAUUAAUAAAUUUGAGCCCUAUUGAUUUAUAAAUUAAAAUCUCGAAUUAAGAAAUUAUCAAUUUAACUAAAGGUUUAAAGUAAGAAUAAUUUCAGAAAUUUCAAAAGUACGAUAAUAUUUACAUCAUACCAAAUCAAAUGUCAAAAGGUUGGUUGUGCUUAGUUUAGGAUAAACUUGCCUCUGAAUCUUAUAAUUAUUAGGAUAUUUCUUAAAAAAUAAAAAAAGGAAAUUCAGAAAUAUUGAAUCUGAAAAAUAAGUACUUUAGAUUGAAGUCAUUACAAGAUCCUAUAAUGAUGGAGAGAUCAAUAAUUUCAAUUACUCCAGUGGUAGAAUUCAUCAAUCAAACGCCUUUUAACAUUUCAAUUGAUAAGCACUGUCCUGAAAUCAAACAAUUUCUGAAUUUCAAUAUCAUGUAAAAAGAAAUAAUUGAGGAUUGCGAAAUCAAUCCUUCAAAAGAUUACCUAUUUAGUUUCAAAAUUGACCGAUAUUAUCAAUCAAUACAAUAUACAUUUGAUGAAUUAAUGAAAGGGAGGUAAGUUUUGUUGGAAGAUGAAAAAUGGUAAUUAAACGUAGAUAGAAGAUAAUUAAAUGUAAUUUUAUUAAUCAAACCAACUGUAGACAACUAUGGAAGACAUAGACUUGCUAUUCAAUUUAAUUCACCUUACUUAAUUAACAACACAGAUUUAGAUCUAAUAUUUUAUCAAGGUACUGAAAAGAGCUUAGAGCUUUUGGGAGGGUAAAAGUAUAAUACUUCUCUUUAAUUGAUUGUGCUUGAAAACAUCUAAGAAAAGUAAAAUCUGGUUUUUGAAGAAAGAAAUACCAAUUUAAAAUCAUAGCCAGUAGUUUUGUCAGAUAUCAUUAAAUUAGAAACUAUGCAUGUCAAAAAGAAAGUAAAUCAUUCUACUUAAUUUCUUCCAAUUCAAAUAGAAAAAUAAUUUAUACAAUAUGGAGAUUACACAGUUCCAUUCUUUUAACUAUUUUACAAAUACGUUGCUUUCAAUAAAUUGGCUUCACCAAUUUAUAUUUGUUUUGAAGAUUAAAUAAUCUUGUUGGAAUCCCAUAUUAAAAAACCUCUAUAAUUUUAGAAUCAGGAACAUUUAAACAAUCCUGAUUUCUCUUAUGAAUGUUCUGUAAAACUGAAUUUUGAUGAUAUAGUUUUAUAAACAGCAAGAUUCAGCAUUAUGGUUCAAUAACAAUUUGUUGUCCUUGUUAGGUCAGUGAAUUUAUAGAUAAGAAGGUUUUUAAAAAUUACUAUUUUGGAGUAAAAUAAUGAAAAUUUUUUGAUUAUAGAUGAUAUUCAAAAUCAAAAAGAUUAUCCAUAUAUGGUAAUUAAUGAAUCGAAAUCCUUAUAAAUAUUAUUAAAAAGUGACAAUGAAACCCUAUCUUGUGGAGAUCGAUAUCCAUUAGCAAAAACUCAUUAAACUGACAAAGAAUUUAUUUAUCCAGUUAAUCUAAAAAUUCAAACUAGGAGUUGGAAUAAUCCAAUUUAAUUUGCUUUAAAGUUGGAUUAGGUUGGCUUAGCUGGAAAUCUUGAGAUUAAUGGAUAAAAGUUCGAUUAUGCUGUUGUUAAAGUAGGCAAUCAAAAAUAAUUUAUUGUUAAGGACUUUUAACAAGCAUGGUAAAGUUAAAUAUAACAAUAAAUAUAGUAAGAGAAAAUUAAAUAUCAUUUUGAUCUUAAGACUUAAAUAGUCGGCUGUUCAAUUUCUUAUAUUGAAAAUCUAAAAAAUGAUUAUAAAGAACUACUUAUUUGUUUCUUUGAUAAUAUCAUUAUGAUUUAUUCAUCGAAUGAACUUAAUUAAAAAUAGAUAAAUUUUAAAUUGUAAAAGAUGUAAAUAGAUGCAUAAUCUAAGAAAAUGUCUGAAUCAAAAACUAUUUUAUUUUCUGAGGUUUCAUAACUAUAAAAUUCUAUGGAGUUUGAAUUUAAAUUAAGCGCAGCAGCUUCAUCUUAUUAUUAUUUGGAUUUAGUUAAAAUAAAUCUUGGAAAUUUUCAAUUUUGCAUGGAUAAAGUAUUACUAAAAAAAUAAGAAUAAAUACAAGGCUAAUUUUAUGAAUAUUUAAAUUCUUAGCGCACUAUGAAAGAGAAAGGUAAUUACAUUUAUAAAUUGCUUAACAAAAAAAAAGUUGAAAAGGUAGUCUAAAAAAAUUAAUUGAAAUAGAUAAAUAUAUAUGUGAGAAAGUUAAUAUUGUGCCCAAUGAAAAUGAAAAUUUCUUAUUUGAAAGAUAACUAUUAAUUAGAACGAUAACAUUUUGUUAAAGAGAACUUUUAAAGCACGCCUUCUAAUCUUGUUAAUAGAAUACUUAUGUAAUAUGUUAUUGGAGAUUCAAAGUUUUUGUUUAAUGUGGUAAGUUAAUAUUUGACCAAUAGACUUAUGAUCAAUCUGGUAAAAUUAACUAACUGGAACGAGAUAAGAAUAAAAAGACCAAUAUACGAAUCAACCAAAUUGUAUAAGGUUUUCAAUAAAUAACAAGCUUAUCAUCAAUAAAAAUUAAAGGAAGCGAAGAAAUGUGAUUGUAACAAAUAAAUCUCUAAUAAAAAAUUUCAUAUAAUUAGUUCACAUGAGGUUCUUUAGAAGGGAUAAAAUAAAAUAUUUUUUAUAUGCGAAAAGGAAAUAUUCUUUAUUUAUUAAAACAGCAUUUAAAAUCUUUUGGAAUACUCAGAAAUCUAAUUAUUUUACUCUGAAGCAGAAAUUUUGCACCUAUAUAUAAUUAUCAAAUAAGAUUAACUAGCUCUAUUAUUUGAGGAUUAGAAUAAUUUACAGAUAGCAAUGUAAAAUUUGAGUAGAUUUCAGAAUUGA